AUGGCCAGGACAGGCCACUAUACCCCGCUGCCCUUUGGGUGCUCUCCAUUGACCAGGCCUUUGGAGGCUUAUUUGCUCUAUGGCAUCCUCAACUUAGACAAGCCCGUGAAUCCAUCCAGCCACGAGGUGGUCUCUUGGAUCAAACGGAUCAUGAACUGCGAGAAGACGGGCCACUCCGGCACACUGGACCCCAAGGUCUCCGGCUGCCUGCUGGUGUGCUUGAAUCGGGCUACACGCCUGGUGAAGGCACAACAGUCCGCUGGAAAAGAGUACAUUGCAGUGGUGCGCUUCCACUCGGAUCCCGGCUCUGCAUCGAAAGUUCAGAAGGCAGCGCUCGCUGUGCACUGUGUCGUGGUGACGGAGUGGCAUUGUCUCAGGGAGUGCAUUGGCUUGUACAACAACAUGCGGGAUGAGAAAUACCUCAGAAGGGUGGUGAUGCCACUGGAACUGAUCCUGACCAACUAUCCCAGGAUUGUGGUGAAGGACAGCGCAGUGAACGCCAUUUGCUAUGGUGCUCAGCUCAUGAUCCCUGGCGUGCUCCGCUUUGAGCAGGGCAUCGAGGUGGGGUCGGAAAUCGUGAUGAUGACCACCAAGGGCGAGGCCAUUGCCACCGGCAUCGCACAGAUGACCACUGCGGUCAUUGCAUCCGUAGACCAUGGAGUGGUCUCCGUGAUCAAGCGAGUGAUCAUGGAACGGGACACCUACAACAUGCGGUGGGGCUAUGGUCCACGUUCCACUGACAAGAAGAAAUUGAUCUUGGCCGGUAAGCUCACCGAGAAGGGGAAGCCCAAUGAGAAUACGCCCAAAGCCUGGCUACUGGGCCAAGGGAGGUGGAGCUAUCUCCCAAAGCUCACCUGCGAAGAAGCACAGCAAGAGAUGGACGAAGCAUUAAAGGCGACAUACCCUGUGGUCUGUUUGUGCUUGUAG